CUUCGAGGUUCUCGUGUUCAGACUUGGUCGGCUGGAGAGUACUUUUGGCCAAAGGACUUCUUAUCAGAGGACUUGGAGAACGCGAGAAUCAUCACCUGGGGGUACGAUGCAAAUGUAGCCAAUGGUUUCAGCUAUGCAAGCAGGGAGGGCAUACGCGGUCAUGAUGAGAGGCUGCUUCAUAAUUUGUACAGAAUUCGCCGCUCGAUCACGCGGCCGAUCAUCUUUGUCUGCCAUAGUUUGGGAGGCUUGGUUUGCAAGGAGGCUUUGAUAAUAACUGCCGUAUACGAUAAGCACCAACGCCACCCCAAACUUGCCGCUACCUAUGCCAACACUCGAGGAGUAAUUUUCCCUAGAACACCACACCGCGGAAGCGGAACGGUGGCCUUAGGGCAAGUGCUUGUCAGGAUUGCUUUUCUUCACCAGCCGAAUACACAGCUGCUUCAGUCGCUUCAAGUGGAUUCUCACACUCUAGAAAGGCAACGUGAAGAAUUUGUUACUAUCUCUGAGAGACUCUCUAUCGUGUGUGUAAGAGAGAAAAUUCCAACGCCUAUUGGCAUGAUUGUGUCAGAGGCAUCAGCAUCCUAUGAUGGCUUUGACAUUCGGAGGGGAUCCAUUCCUGCUGAUCACAUUAAUAUGGUCAGAUUCAGGAGCAAGGGGGAUAUAGGUUAUGAACGGGUUUUGUCUUGGAUUCAAGAGAUGCAGGGUUAG